CUUUAAAUUUUAAAGUUAAAAAAGCAAAGGUGUUUUUUUGCAUUUCCUAAUCGGAUCUCUGUAGUAUUAAUCAUUUAUUAAAUAGAAUACAUUUAUUUAAAUAAUUACGAGUCAACAAUAAUAAUGUAUACUAGUUUGUUGCUAUGGUUUUCUCGCAUAGAACAAGUUUAAGAUUGUGUCAGACAAGAAGUAUUUCAAAUAUAUUUAGCGACUUUUUGUACAGUCAUUAUUUCUAUAAAAACAUAUAGAACUAGUUUAAGGCACAGUUUCAGUACUUCAAAAACAGUAUUUACUGACAUUUUUCAACAUUUCAGCAUUUCUAUAAACCCUAAAGUGUUCAAUCAGUUACAAAACUAAGCAAUAUGUAUAGAACACUAGUCUUAUUGCAGUGUGCUGAAUCUGCAUCUUUUAAGGGUUCACAAUUUUUUGGAAGAUCCAGAGGAGUUUCAAAUAUAUACAGAUGUGCCAAUAGCAAAAUAUCUCCAGAAAUAGUGGUCCCUAGACGAAAUUUAUCAGAUGAUGGUGGAAAAAAGGUAUGUGAUGAAGGUCCCUCCAUAACAUCCCAUCCCUCCCCAAAUCCUGUAGAACUUAAUAAUGCUGGCCAGACAUUGGAAGCUGUCAAAUUGAAAGAGUGCCAACCGAUAGAAAUUAAUCCUUUCAAAGCCAAUCUUUAUGUUGAUAGGAAAAUGCCGUCUUUAACACAAUGCGAACCUCCGAGCGAACUGAGUAAAAUGCCACACCCCGAGGGACCAUGGGAGGAAAACGAAAAUAAAUACAGAACCAGAGCAAGGCGGUACUUACUAUUUGGUACUUUAGUAGCGAUAACCUCGGUUGGUGUUCUGUAUUAUGUUGGUUUAGGUAAAGAACCCACAGAUGCCUCUACGAAGAAGAAAGUUGGUAAAAAAUUAGUAGGUAAGGAGAAGUUCAAGGAUCCAAAGAGCGCUGAGGAUAUUCCGAAAGACGUACCUUACUUGCUUAUCGGGGGUGGUACUGCGGCAUUUUCAGCCUUUCGGGCGAUCAAAUCUUCGGAUCCUACCGCAAAGAUAUUAAUAAUUUCAAACGAAGAGCAUUUUCCUUACAUGAGGCCGCCAUUGUCCAAAGAGAUAUGGUUUAAUGACGAUGAAACGGCUGUGAAAAACCUAACAUUCAAACAAUGGAAUGGAUCUGAAAGAAGUUUAUUUUACGAACCGGAAGAUUUCUAUAUUAAUUGUAAGCAACUAAUGGACAGCGAGAAUGGCGGUGUUGCCAUAGCUCGAGGCUGGUCGAUAGAUCAUAUCGACGUUACCGAAAACGUAGCCUACUUAGAAAACGGCGAAGCAAUUAAGUACAACAAAUGCCUCAUCGCAACGGGAGCUAAGCCUAGAUUGACGCCCGUUUUUAAAGUAGCUGCCUCUGAUGAAACCUUGAAGAAGCAAAUCAAAGUAUAUCGAAACGUCGACGACUUUAGAGAUAUUUUAUGCGAUUUUAACAAAUCUAAAUCCGUGGCUAUAAUCGGAGGUGGGUUCCUAGGUAGUGAGCUGGCCUGUGCAUUUGGCAGAAAAGAUAAAAGGAAGUCGAAGGAAAUAUAUCAAAUAUUUAGAGAGACCGGGAGUAUGGGGAAAAUUCUACCUGAAUAUCUCAGUUUUUGGACGACUGACAAAGUGAGAGCAGAAGGAGUCAAUGUGAUUCCCAAUAGUGAAAUUGUCAGUGUAAGAUCGAAGGAUGGUAAAGUAGAGCUUGGACUCUCCAGCGGAAAGUGCUUACAGGUCGAUUUCGUGGUCGUUACUGCUGGAGUGGAGGCCAACACCCAAAUUGCGGAGAAAUCGGAUCUGGAAGUAGACGCGGAUCUCGGCGGUUUCCUAGUGAACACGGAAUUGCAAGCUCGUACCGAUUUAUAUGUUGCUGGCGAUUGUACGUGUUUCUAUGAUCCUCGUUUGGGACGUCGGCGUAUUGAGCAUCACGAUCAUGCUGUAGUUUCUGGUCGAUUAGCAGGAGAAAACAUGGCUGGUGCACGUAAACCUUACUGGCACCAGAGCAUGUUUUGGAGCGACUUGGGUCCCGAAGUGGGAUACGAAGCCAUAGGCGUUAUAGAUUCCUCGCUACCGACUGUGGGAGUGUUCGCCAAGGCUACCGAAGCCGAUACUCCUCAAGCCUUGGUAGAGAGAACGAACGAAAAUCUUCGUUCGACGACGGAGGAGCUUCCUCAAGAAUGUGACAAGUACUUAUCAGAUGAGCAAAAAGUAAAAUUGAAAGACUCGAAGAAACUGAUGCCCAAUAAAUUUGCUGGUGAAGAUUAUGGCAAGGGCGUCAUUUUCUAUCUGCGCGAUGACAUAGUUGUUGGUAUAGUUCUCUGGAACGUUUUUAACCGUAUGUCCAUAGCAAGACAAGUACUGAAAGAUCAGAAGAAGUACGAGGAUCUCAACGAAGUAGCCAAAUUGUUUAACAUACACGGGGAAGAAUGAAGAAUUGAUUGAUUUACUGUUGUCUUAAUUACUUAACAAAAAUAUCUAAGGUGAGAAAGUUUAGUUGUUAUAAUUAAAGUACGUAAUACAUAGCUUAAAUAUUAUAAAAUUUGUAAAUUAUGAUUUGAUUGGUAUUUUUUCUUUAUAUUAGAGAAAAGUAACCAAAUAUGGAAUACCUUUUAGUUUUUGUGUUAUAUAAAAAAGGAAUUAAAACAAAAAUGUUCAUUUUUAGUUACUGUCAGUCAUACAGUUGCACAUAACUUAAUAACUGUUUUCUGUUACAUAUAUUAAUAAAGUAUAAAAUUUUCUCUCAAAAACAAAUUGAACAUAAAGGCACCUAAAUAUGGAUAGGUACCCAAAUAACACUUCAAACUAAUGAAAACGUAUAUCAGAUUUUUUUAUUAAACUAUUUAAUAAUUAUAUAGUGAAUAAUUAUAUAAAUAUAAUAAAAUAAUUAGGACAAGAAAAGACCCAUAAAAAAACCAUACCAUAUACCAUAUUAUUUGCAAUCAUGUAUCAAGAAAUACUUCUGAAUACCUUAAAAACUUUUCUCAUACCGUUGAUAGAAUACUCUCACCGUGACCACAAAGCCCGUUUGAAUGACAAGGUAAAACCUGCACGUGAGUAUAGUGAUGGAAAGAGAUUAAAAAUCACUCUCUUUUGCUAUUAGGCGUAUUCGUUUUCGAGAAAGGACGGUAUUCUUCAGAUUUGGUUACUUUCCUGUAAAUUUAACGUAUUAUUUAUAAAAUUCCGUUUUUCCAAUAAUAUGAAAAAAUAGCCUACCACACAUCAGUGGGUGAUUCUUCAGAUAAAAAUAAAAUAAAAGUUGCUAUGAUUUAUCUUUCUCCAUAGAAUCACUUACGGAAAUAUGGAACACUAUAUUUUUAACACCUUAUAUAGUGUUGCGCCUCUUAUACGACGGGGAGAUUACAAGGAGAACAACUGUUUAUAUUGAAAUGAAAUCUUGUGAGCAUAUUUAGGUUAUAAUAGUAAUAAUAAUAAAUAACGCUUUAUUGUACAAAAAAGGUAAAAUAGCUUCAUCAACAAACCAUUUAUAAAACAAACAAAAGCACAAAAAAUAUACAGAUAAUAAAAAAUAUCAUACACUACAAAUCAAUUCAAAAAAAUUUACGUCAUUAAAAUUA